AUGCAUCCUCAAAGAGUUCGACAUGAUGCCCUUGAUAGAAAGGGAGAAACGGCAGCCCAGCCCUUCUCUGGGCUGUGGAGAGUCUCUGAGCCAACUCUCUUCAAAGUGACCUUGGUUGCUGCUCUGUUCACUACUGUUCUGGGCGAUUGUGGCCCUCCACCUGAUUUACCAUUUGCUUCUCCAGUAAACAAGUUGAUUAAGACAGACUUCAAAACUGGAACUGCUCUGAAAUACACCUGCCAUCCUGGCUUCAGUAGAAUCGGUUCAAGUAAGAUUACCUGUAAUGCCAGAGGCUCGUGGGACUAUAGUGUCUUUUGUACCAAGAAACGAUGCAGAAACCCAGGAGACUUAAUCAAUGGGAGAGUGGAAGUUAAGACAGAUUUUCUCUUAGGUUCAACUAUAGAAUUCAGCUGCUCAGAGGGAUAUAUCUUAAUUGGCUCAACCACUAGUCAUUGUGACAUCCAAGAUAAAGGAGUUGACUGGAGUGAUCCUCUCCCAGUAUGUGUAAUUGCCAAGUGUGAGGCCCCUCCAACCAUCAGCAAUGGGAAGCACAGUGGUGGAGAUGAAGACAUCUACACAUACGGUUCUUCUGUCACCUACAGCUGUGACCCUCACUUCUCAAUGAUAGGCAAAGCCUCCAUUUCCUGCACAGUGGAGAAUAAAAAGAUAGGUGUCUGGAGCCCAAGCCCUCCGACUUGUAAACACAUUGUCUGUCGUCAGCCACAGGUUCCAAAUGGAAUCUUUGUCUCUGGAUUUGGACCCCUCUAUACUUACAAAGACACUAUUGUGUUUGGCUGCAAGAAAGGUUAUAUCCUCACAGGCAGCAGUUUAAUCUAUUGUGAAGCUGAUGACAACUGGGACCCUCCUCCUCCUGUUUGUGAGCUCAAUAGUUGUAUUGACUUGCCAGACAUUCCCCAUGCUUUCUGGAAUAGAAUACCCUACAACCUAAGAAAUCAGGAAGUAUUUGAAAUUGGGACUGUGCUUCAAUAUCAGUGCGAGCCUGGCUACAGCCCUAUUCCAGAUGAGCCUCUGAAUGUGACCUGCCAGGAAAGUUUGAUGUGGACCCCAUCCAAAGGGUGUGAACGGAUAUGCUGCCCCAAACCAGAGGCAACGAAUAUCCGAAUCACGAGUGAAAUAGACCCCAUUGAUAGAUGUGUCUAUGGCGGCUAUGAAGACGAUAUUUCAUAUACGUGUGAUGAAGGCUUUUAUCCUGCUUCUCUUCAUGGAAAGAGUUCAUGCCAAGAAGAUGGCAAGUGGAAGCCUGUGCCAGCAUGUAAGUUAGCUACGUGUAUGAAACCAGAGAUAAAAAAUGGAAAGCUGUCUGAGGAUAAGGAUGAGUAUGUUACACCUGAAAAUGUCGCCAUCCAGUGUGACCCUGGCUAUAGUUUGGUCGGUUCCCAAAGUAUCAGAUGCUCAGAGAAGAGAACCUGGGACCCAGAGGUGCCCAAGUGUGAGUGGCUAAAUGGCACAGAGGUCCCUGAAGUCUGGGAGCAAGUGCUCCCAGGCAGACACAUCAUGCAGUGUCUCCAGCCACAGGAUGUGAAAAUGGCUCUGCAGGUGAUUAAAGUGUCUCUGGACCCAGGUCCCGGCUACCCUGACCUGCGGGGCCACGCUUGCACAGUACGCACCCUGUCAGCCAGCCUUGGGCAGCAGCCCUCCAGGUCUGAGGCGCUCCAGCUGGUCCCUAACCACCCGCACAGCCUCCAGCAUGGAGGGAGCCCACCCCUCAUUAUUGUUCUGAGAUCCCUGGCGGCCCUGAACUGCAGUGGUGCACAUGCGCAGUACACACCCCGUCAGCUGGCAUUGGUCAGCCAGGGCCCUCCAGGCCUGUGGAGCCAGGGCCUGGCCCAGAACACCUGCAUAGCCUCCAGGAUUGAGGAAACCCAUCCCCCGGAAAUCACUCAAGGCAGCCGCUACAAAUUGGCAACACACGGUCCACGUUCCCAACAAAAAACCAACCCCCGAGUCUUGCUCCGGAAUGAGAAGGGCUUCAGGGCUUCUCGCCUCAUUUUUCCUGUAUUGUCCACAGAGCUGCACGCGAACAACUCCUUUGAACAUUUAGAUAAGAGCCUUCUAUACACUUACUUCGUCGACGAGAGUCCAUCUUGGGAUUUAACAGGCAACAACUACAAAAAUCAGGAAGUUCCUUCUCCAUGUAUGCUGCGAACGAAGUUCUGGGCAUAUGCCUGCCAGAAUACGAGCAUGCUUCCCCAAAGAUCCGGGACCCCUCCUCACCCCGCCGCGCCGCCUUGCUGGUCUCCUCUUCAUAACGCGUUCCUUGAAGCAGGGCGAGAGUGCCUUGAGCGCUCCUCCAAGCAAGUGCAAACCACUGGCGAAUGCAAAAGAGCACACGGAUGUGCGCGCCCAGGUUACACUCAGCUAAAAAAGAAAUCCGGGCUCUUCCUGCCCCCUGCCCGCCAAGGUCGCACACAGCGCCUCGGCAGCGGACGGCACCGGCGGAGAGCGGAGCGCGCAGAGAGCUCGCCCGCGCGGCCAGCGCCGAGGGCCGGGAGCUCCGCCGGGAGGAGCGCGCCGCGGGGCCCGGCCGGAAGCGGCGCCGGGAGGAGGCGCGGCCGGCGUCCCCGGGCGCCGCCGAGGCCUGCUGACAUCAGCCGCGCUCCUCCCCUCGCCUCCCAACACCCUCAGCUCCGGCCGGACCCUCCCUCCUCCCACCACGUGUCCUCGCCGCUCCCUCCCGAGGGGCCGCGCGCACGGGUAGCCGGAGAGGCGGCGGGGAUGGCGCUGUGA